GGUUUCCUUCAAUCUCAAGCGACGAAAGCUAGUGAAGUUGUAUUUGUCUAACUUAUCCAUAAUCGCUUCAUGAACUUCUUUCAUCGAUUUUCAUCAUCACCGUCACUAGCUAAUCACCUUUGGCGACCAUAGGAAUGGCCUCUCAUGUAUCGCUGAUGACCGCCAGCAAGUCUCGUCGCUCCCAGGCGGGGGGAUAUCUCCCCAUUGAAGAUUACGGCAUGAUCGGAAAUAUGCAUACUUGUGCUUUGGUAGGAAUUGAUGGCAGUAUCGAUUUUAUGUGUUGGCAAGUCGUACUGCCCUACUACAAUAAGAUUGGAAAGCAUCUAGCUAAGAAGUAGUACAGGCCAGACUUUGACUCCCCGUCUGUCCUUUGUCGUCUACUGGACAAGAACAAGGGUGGCUACUUUAGUAUUUCGCCCACCGAAGAUGCUGUCUUCACCACAAAGCAGCAGUACCUACCUUCUUCAUGUGUCUUGCAGACCAAGUAUAUUCAUGAAGGGGGCGUCGUGGAUCUGAUUGACUUCUUCCCUCGGCCUAAAAGUACCCAUGUUACUAAGAAAGGUACCUACCACCAAGCGGACAACGUGGAAGAAGAGAUGAAGAAGUGGCUUGUUAGACGAGUCGAAUGCGUGCGCGGCUCCAUGACUCUUGAUGUCGAGAUAUUCCCUUCGUUUGAGUACGGGACAGAAGCGCAUGAAACCAAUUUUCGAAAGAAUAUCGAUAUUUCUAGCUCCGAGAGUAAGGUCGCAACGUUUCACAGCAAAAAUGUGCAGCUUCAAUUGGAUAUGGUGAUCGACAACGGAGAUGCAAAAGAGAGUAAUCAUCUUCCCACCGUUUCGUUCCACUCUGUUAAGAAAUCGGGCCUACACGGUGAAGGGCUCGUUGCUCGAGUUACGAUACACGCAGGACAUGCCAUCUCCUUUGUGUUGCGUGACGACAUUGAGCACCACAAUACAAAAGUCAUCACAUCUGCCGUUCUCGACAUGAAGCAGCACGAUACACUGACCUUUUGGCGUAAUUUUAUUGCUCAAUCUAAGUACACCGGUCGCUGGAGAGAGAUUGUAGAGAGGAGUCUCAUGAUUUUGAAGAUGAUGACGUAUGAACCCACUGGUGCUAUCAUUGCAUCGCCUACCUUUUCUAUCCCUGAGCAUCUGGGAGGUGACAGGAACUGGGACUACCGAUACUCAUGGAUUCGUGACUCCAGCUUCACCGUUUACAUUCUUCUUCGCUUGGGAUUUAAAGCCGAGGCAGAUGCAUACAUGGAAUUCAUCAUGGAGAGAUUUGAGCACUCUCGAGUAUCGGAUUAUGGCUUGCCUAUUAUGUUUACAAUUCGCGGUGAGACUGAGAUCCCCGAACUUACGCUUGAUCACCUUGAAGGCUACCGUGGUAGCAGUCCCGUCCGCAUCGGCAAUGGAGCUGCAUUCCACCAACAGUUUGACAUCUACGGCGAGCUAAUGGAUGCGGUGUAUCUCUACAACAAAUACGGGAAACCUGUUUCCUAUGAUGUGUGGUGCUCUGUGCGACGGAUGCUAGAUUAUGUCUUGACAAUCUUAGGAGAACCCGACAUGUCAAUUUGGGAGGUACGAAACCGUAAACAGCGCUUCACUUACUCGCAGAUUAUGCUCUGGGUAGCCUUUGAUCGUGGCAUCCGUCUGGCUGAGAAAAGAUGCCUGCCAUGCCCCAAUCGUGCUAAAUGGCUAGAAGCCCGCGAUAAGCUCUAUGACGAGAUUAUGGAAAAAGGAUACAACCCUGAGAUGAAAUGCUUUAUUCAAAGCUAUGAAAGCAAUACAGCUCUCGAUGCUUCAAUCUUAAUUGCACCCCUUGUAUUCUUUGUCGCUCCUUGUGAUCCUCGGUUUACCAACACACUGGACCGUAUCCUACUUCCACCUGAGAAAGGCGGUUUGACUAGUACGGGAUUAGUGUACCGUUAUAACACAGAGAUCUCUGAUGAUGGUGUCGGCGGGAAAGAGGGCGCGUUCAGUAUGUGCACCUUCUGGCUGGUAGAAGCAAUGACACGCGCCAGUGUCUACGAGCCCAAGUAUCUAAUUGAGGCGGUCAACAUCUUUGAAAAUAUGUUGAGCUUUUCAAACCACUUGCGCAUGUUCUCUGAGGAGAUUUCGGGCAGUGGCGAACAAUUGGGUAAUACGCCUCAAGCAUUCAGCCACCUAGGACUCAUCAGCGCUGCGUUUAAUCUUGACAGAGUCUCUCAUCACUGAACUUAUUUAUGAUUUCGAAUCUCUCGAUUUUGUUAACUCAAAGAAUAUAAAUCCUGCAUUUCGUAUUUAAUAGGAGCCUUUUAAUGUUCGUGCAG